AUUAUUUGUAAACAUAUGCCCUGGAGUUUUCUCAGACUCAAGUUUUAUAUACAACAAGAUCAAUAAUGGCUAGCAACGUUGCUGCGCCACAAGCUUCAGCUGGAGGAGAUUCGACGGAACUGGAGCGCUGUUGCUGGAUCUGUUUUGAGACCGAUAAGGAGGCAGGUCGCCAGGCUUGGGUGAAUCCAUGUCUCUGCCGAGGAACCAAUAAGUGGGUGCACCAGAGCUGCAUUUCCCUCUGGAUCGACGAGAAGACCCGAAUAAACAACAAUCUGCAAGCCGUUUCCUGUCCACAAUGCCAAACGGAGUACACCAUUGCAUACCCGAAUCUCUGGAUUUUCGAUAGGGCUUUGGAGCUGACCAACGAUCUUAUCCUAACAAACUUAUAUAAUUGCCUGGCCAAUGUCUUCACGGUGGUCUUUGCCUAUUGGUCAGCGGUUUCAUUCGGAGCAAAAACAUAUUUGCAGAUCACUGGUCAGGAAGGUCACGUUCAUCAAAUAAUUCAAUCGGGAGACCUGUUGGUUGUUCUGGUCGGAUUCCCAUUAAUCUCGGUAGUUCUGAUACUUGGACGCUUAAUUCCCUGGGAAGAUGCCCUGUUGCGCUUCAUUAGAAUAUGUUAUUCAUUGCUGCGAAGUCUUUCAAUGAUGUGCCUAGGACGGAAAUAUGACCACCAGACCGAACCAUACCCUUCUGCGCCAAUGACCGAAUAUUCAGCAUCGCGGGUGGUCUGUGGAGCCAUCCUCUUGCCCACCAUAUCCAUGUACGUGGGUAGAGUUCUUUACAGCUCUGUCGACGAUAGAUUGCAACAAACUCUUCUUGGGGGAUUGACUUUCAUAGCGAUCAAGGGAUUCCUCAAAAUGUACCUCAUGCAUAGCCAAUACAUCUGUCGUAUGAAGCGUCGUGUUUUGGAUUACACGAAGGAAAACCUAGCGGAGGCAGACGGACACUAGGUAAACUCAAGAUCUGCAAGAGAAGCAAGAAGUAAUUUGAAUAUCUAUUUAAAUUGUAAAGUGUACAAUUUUCCUAAGACUACGUGUCAAUAGUGCAUUCUUACUACCAAUCAU